AUGAAGGUCGAAGUCGAAGUCGAUACGGUCCUGUUUGAUAUGGACGGUACUCUGAUCGAUUCUACGCCGGCCCUGAAUGCAACCUGGGUAGAAUUUGCGAAUCAGUACAAUCUUGAUAUUGAUUAUGUGCUUCAUUAUUCGCAUGGUCACCGUACUGUCGAGAACUUGAAGCGCUAUAUUCCGUCACUCGAAGGCGAGAAACUCGCACAGGAAGUAAUUCGCUUUGAAAGUCGUAUUUUGGAGAUCGCGGAAGACAAUCUGCGCCGGGCCAAGGAGACGGGCAACCCAGAGGGCACCAUCGUGUCGAUGCCAGGUGCGCGUGAUUUAUUGGCACAGAUUAAUGCUGGCCGUGCUGAGAAUCCGAGCCGUCGCGUCGGUUGGGCCAUUGUAACAAGUGCCACCAGUGCCUAUGCCCAAAAAGCCUUUAAAGCAUCGGAUACAGCCGUUCCACCACAAGUGUUUGUCACGUCCGAUGUUUGCUCUAAAGGCAAACCUGACCCCGAGCCGUAUUUGAAAGGCGCUGAGCUGAGUCAUGCUGAUAUCUCUCAGUGUCUGGUGGUGGAAGAUGCGCCGCCUGGUGCGCUAAGUGGUAAGCGCGCUGGUGCCAAGGUGCUUGGCCUCCGUACCACGCACGAUGGACAGCGCAUGUGGGAUCAAGGGUCGGACUGGGUCGUCUCGGAUCUGAGCCAAGUUCAGGCACGAUGGGAAGGCGAUAAAUUAAUUCUCAUUAUUGAUUCUGAAUCAAAGCCCCAAUAG